AUGGCCAAUGAGAAACCAAAGGAAGGAGUCAAGACUGAGAACAACAAUCAUAUUAAUUUGACGGUGGUGGGACAGGAUGGUUCUCUGGUACAGUUUAAGAUUCAGAGGCGUGCACCACUUAGUAAACUAAUGAAAGCCUAUUGUGAAUGGCAGGGAUUGUCAAUGAGGUGGAUCAGAUUCUGGUUUGAUGGGCAACCAAUCAACAAAACAGACACACCUUCGCAGUUGGAAAUGGAGGAUGAAGAUACGAUUAAUGAUUUCCAGCAGCAGACAGGAGGUGUCUACUAAAAAGGGAACCUGCUACUUUACUCCAGAAUUUUGUUA